GAGAUCCUAUUGGCUGGAAGGCCGUGGGAAGCUACUGCCAGCAGCCAAUUGGAACGCAAGAUGGGCCCCGCGGAGGCGGAGAGAACACCCCCCGCCCCCCGCUUCCUCAGGAGCCAAUAGAGAAGAGUAACAGCGAAGCGCUUCCGGAGGUCGGGGGUCGAGGGAAGAUGGCGGCCGCCAAAGGGGGCUGGUGCCUGUGCGAGUUACUGAGAUUUUUUUAUUCAUUAUUCCUCCCUGGGCUAACAGUCUGUGGAACUUUAUGUGUAUGUCUGUUCGUUAUCCUCUGGGGAAUCAGACUGCUGCUACAGAAAAAGAAAGAGUCAGUAUCAACCAGCAAAAAUGGGAAGAAGCAAACGGUGGUUGCAUUUUUUCAUCCAUACUGCAAUGCCGGUGGAGGAGGAGAAAGAGUUUUGUGGUGUGCCUUAAGGGCCCUGCAGAAAAAGUACCCUGAAGCAGUUUACGUCGUUUAUACUGGUGAUGUCGACGUCAGUGGACAGCAGAUACUAGAAGGCGCUUUCCAAAGAUUUAACAUCAAACUCACUCACCCAGUGAAGUUUGUCUUCUUAAGGAAACGAUACCUUGUGGAAGAUUCACUCUAUCCUCACUUCACACUGCUGGGCCAAAGUCUAGGGUCCAUUUUUCUUGGCUGGGAAGCUCUAAUGCAGUGUGUUCCCGACGUUUACAUCGAUUCAAUGGGAUACGCGUUCACACUUCCUCUGUUUAAGUAUUUAGGUGGUUGUCACGUCGGAAGCUAUGUUCAUUAUCCCACCAUCAGCACCGACAUGCUUUCCGUAGUGAAGAAUCAAAAUGUUGGCUUUAACAAUGCAGCCUUCAUUACCAGGAAUCCUUUUCUCAGCAAAUUAAAGCUCAUCUAUUAUUAUUUAUUUGCUUUUAUUUAUGGACUUGUUGGUUCUUGCAGUGAUGUAGUGAUGGUCAAUUCUUCCUGGACACUAAAUCACAUUCUCUCACUGUGGAAGGUUGGGAAUUGCACUAACAUUGUUUAUCCACCUUGUGACGUGCAGACAUUUCUGGACAUUCCCUUACGUGAGAAAAAGACGACCCCAGGACAUUUACUGGUUUCCGUUGGCCAGUUCCGGCCUGAAAAGAAUCAUCCUUUGCAGAUCAAAGCCUUUGCUAAGUUGCUGAAUAAGAAGGUGGCUGAGCCACUUCCUUCACUUAAACUUGUCCUCAUUGGAGGUUGUCGUAACCAAGAUGAUGAGCUGAGGGUAAACCAACUGAGAAGGCUUUCUGAGGAUCUAGGAAUUCAAGAAGAUGUGGAAUUUAAAAUAAACAUCCCAUUUGACGAGUUGAAGCAUUACUUGUCUGAAGCAACAAUUGGUCUGCAUACCAUGUGGAACGAGCAUUUUGGGAUUGGAGUUGUCGAGUGUAUGGCAGCUGGCACAAUUAUCCUUGCACACAAUUCAGGGGGCCCGAAGCUCGACAUUGUCGUUCCACACCAAAGAGAGAUAACUGGAUUUCUGGCUGAAAGCGAAGAAGACUACGCUGAGACCAUGGUUCAUAUUCUUUCCAUGUCUGAGGAAAAGAGACUCCAAAUCCGAAGCAAUGCUCGGGCAUCUGUGAGCAGAUUCUCUGAUCAGGAGUUCGAACUGGCAUUCCUGUCAUCUGUGGAGAACUUACUUAAAUAGUGCCGUAUCUGUAAAAGUCAAAGGUAUUUUAUAUAAAACAGCUAAACACCUUCAUAUGUUAGUGUUUUUCUAAAGUUUUUCCGUAUGGUGAUAAAGUCAGCCUGAGCAAUGUACUCAGCAGUUUGUAUAUAGACAGGAUAUUGAUUUCAAUGAAAAUGAAAAAAAGGCAAAAUUACCUAAAUGGUUUAAAUGAAAAAAAAAAAAGUAAGAUUAGUAUUCUGUCUCAAAUUCUGAAAAAUAUGAAUCUGAAAGAAAAAAAUGAACAGUCUUACUGUUGGUAUGACCCGUCUUUUUCCGAUCUGAUUUGUCAAAUCACUGUACUUUAGAAACCAGGAAAGAGAAUUUCCCUUUAGAAAAAAAGGAAAUGGAGAAAGGGAAAUGGAGAGCUGACAAUUAGUUGAUGAGCACUUAGAAUUGUUCUGCCAUCUUGGAAACACAGAUUUUGGUACAUUUAAGUUCUAAAUACUAUGUGGAUGACCUUCUUGAAGAUGCCUAACGGUUUUCUUAAAGAGAAGAGACACUUGCAGCAGGCUGCAUCGUGUUCUAAAAGCUCGCAGGGCCGAGCCAGGCGGACUGUGACCACUCCAUGGCCAAGGGUCUGCUCGUGGAGGCCGGUGCUGCCCCAAAUCCAUCCCUGUCGGGAGCUUGGGAUUUGUGAAGUAGCUUUUUGUGUAGCACUCCCGGGACACUUGUACCAAUCCCUUCACAGUUCCACGUUCCCGGGGACUGGAAGUCAGCUUUAAGUCCAUCAGAAGGUCUGAAUGAGAACAUCCUGCUAAGUUGUUCUUCUCAUAAUGAUGAUGGAGUAACCAGCUCCAUCCUCCCGGUCUCUGUUAGCAGCAUCAUACAUUGUACAAAGUGGCAUUUCAAAAAGAGCCCCGGACUGGCAGAAUACCUGAGCCUGACCCCACUGUCACUAUUUACAAACAGCAGACCUCCUACUACUCAGGCUGCUGCUUAAUCUUUUUGAAACUCCGGCUCUUCAUCUAUAAUCUGGAGGUGGUAGUACCUGUCCUCGCUACCCCUUAGUGAUUCUGAGAUGGGAAGUACUUUGAAAACUAUAAAAGUUUUUUUAAAGUUCCCUUUAUAAAAUAAUUAAGAGUAACAAUAUAUAGUAAAUGUCAUUUGUGAUCAAGCCUCCUUAUUAAAAUAGUAGGACUCAAGGUAGGUUAUUAAGUCAAUAGCUAGGACUAUGUGCUGACUUGAACAGAACGUCUGUGCUGAACGACUAGCACGGAAAGUAUGCGGAUGUGCAGAUACGGCUACAGAGCCCCACGGCACUUGGCGUUCUCUGCAUACAGAAUUCGCUCCUUCUAGAUCAGUGAAUCGACCUCCAGCCCAGUCUGAUACAUCUUUGUGUUAGAGGGCAUGUGAAAGAGGUCUGGUUUUCCCUCUUUCAAACUCCUCUCAUUCAGUCAUGGACCCAGCCAGCUCCGUCAUCUAUUCCCAAUUCCACCUUUGACUCAUCUGCAGGCCUCCUUCUGUCAUCAGAUCAAAAAGCAGCAAAGCAGAGCCCCAGGAUGAUGUGCCACCAACAUAGCUUUGGGUGGAGAUGGUUCAGUUUAGAAAAGAAAGACUGGUGGACAUGGAAGCUGGAAGGACCUUACAAAUCCUCUGGUCCAGUUUUAUUUUCAACUUUACAGACCACGAUUUAAAGACCUUAAGACUCCUUCAGUCUCACAAAGCUGUUUAAGGGACAAAAUCAGGAUUAUAAGCUGGAUGUUCUGACUGCAGCCCACUUGGUUUUCUUAUCUUAUAGUUAAUCUUGGGGCAAGAUUCGGCCCACCGCCCCCUGCAGUCACCUGUCUACCCUCAGAAAACCAUAGGACUAAAGAUAAAUUGAAGUAGACUAAGCAGAAGGAAAGGAUGCAGAACAGGAAAAAAAAAAAAAAAAAAAAGAUUCUGAAAUUCUGUAAAGCAUUUUUAAAUCCUAUUUCUUCAAAAUUAUUUUUAUUUGCCACACACAUCACUGGAAACAUACUUUGCAUAUCUCUUCACCCUCCCUAUUGCUAAUGUGAUAUUACGUGUUUUGUUUGUUUUUUUCUGGAAAGACCAAUAACCGUGAAGAGUGUCAAAACAAUAUGUCAGCUACUGUCUGUCUGGGGAACUUCUGAGUGAUUAUUCAUUCCUAUAAAACAUUGUUUUUGAAUGGUCCUGUUGCGGUAUAUCCCGAACCCCCAACAGUGGGGAUUCACAUUCUUAUUUGGGUUGUGCAUAAUAAAAUACAUGUUCCAUGUUCUUUGAUAAUAAUCUGUAUAUAAUAUGACUUGGAUUUAAUAGAUACAAAAUCUGUUUGUAUCUAUGAUUUAAAGCGAUUUUCAUGAUCUUGGGUACUUUCUCCUUAUGGUACAUUGGUACCCCCAUGCAUUCUCCCAAUGCUGAAUUGUUAUCUACUACUAAUAUUUCUAAGCUCCACAUGCUGGGAAUUUAAAAAAAGAAAAGGAGGCAGGCAAAGGUGGAGGGAGGGAGGAAAGAAAAAGAACUUCAAGGUAAAACAAAAUUGUCUUGCCUCUAGUACCCAAGAAGAAUAGGUUGUCAGGUUUAAUAGACUUUUUAUUUUAAUAUUUCAGACUUACAAAAACACUGCAGAGUUUCAUACACUUUAAUAAUUUUCAGGGCUUUUUACAAAGUCAUAGACAAAAUUAUGAGAGUGGCCAGUAUAAUUGUAAAUGCUUUCAGAAUAUUUGUGUUUAAUCAUGUAAAUGUAUCCUAGACUCCAGGACUAUAAUAUGAGUAAGUAGAGUGUCUGCUAAAUCUGUCAACAGAUUUGGGUACAAGGAGAAAGUUAUCCACAAGAAGUCAUGCAAAUUUCUAGAAUCAAAUUAUGCCCUUGUAAUUUCCCUACCUCAGCUGAUUCUUUUUCCUCUGUCCUCAUCCUAAGUCCAAGGCACCCUGGGCCUUAAAGAAGCAUCAGUUCUAACGCUUGAGUGCUACAUGCUUGCUUGGACUAUACAUGCUACAAGAUACCUAGAAGGGAAGUUAAGAGUUGAUACACCACUUAAAAAAUGAUCAGUUUGAUAGCUAUGAUAUAUAGUUACCGAGAUGCAUAAUUUUUUCCGAGAUGCAUAAUUUUUAAUAAAAUUUAUUCUAAAAACACA